UGCGGGUUGCGGUCGGGUCGGUCGCGAUCAUUCUGGACUCCGGUUUCGUCGUCCGUUUUGCCUCCGUCUCCGUCUCCGUCUCCGCCGCUCGCCGAGGCGGGAAAAAUAAGCGUUGAAUCAUGGGCAAGAGGAAGUCCAAAGCAAAACCACCUCCCAAGAAGAGAAUGGACAAGCUUGAUACUGUCUUUUGCUGUCCAUUUUGCAACCACGGAAGUAGUGUUGAGUGUCGCAUUGAUCUAAAGAACUUAAUCGGCGAGGCCUCAUGCAGAAUUUGUUUGGAAACUUUUAGCACAUCUGUUAAUGCUCUGACUGAACCCAUCGACAUAUACAGCGAAUGGAUCGACGAAUGCGAGCGCGUGAACAACCCUGAGGAGGACAACGCCAACCACUAUGAAGAUGACAAUGCCAGCCGCUACCGCUACGACGAAGAAGAAUAGUGGUCCGUUGGCGCUUGUUCCAUAAAACGAGUUGCCUGAAUGCUGUGCAAAACAGUGUUGAUGUAGAGUGAUGUGGUACUGUUACCCGUGUCAGUGAACCUUACCUUACAAUGGGGCAUACCUGGUAGUCUAAAAUAGCAUCUGAGAGUAGUGACACAGUUUUAGCUUUGUGAGUUGGAUAGUGGUGCAUCAGCUAUUCAACUUGUCCUGUACAUUUAACAUGCCGUGGUCGUGCCUGAACAAGAACUCUAGUAUCUUUAGUAUUUUGUUCCGUCGUUUAUAAGUCAUGGCAUGUACAAAUACAACAAUGCUAUUGUAGUGUGGAUUUGCGUGAUGCAACUAGGCUGUAAUCGAUGGCACUGUACUGUACAUGUGAGAGUAAAGCUUUGGAAGUUGGAUAGUGGUGCAGUAUAACAGAGUAGGAUCAUGAUGCAUCAGCUAUUCAACUGUACUGUCCAA